CUUUUGGAUCCCAUGAUUACGAUCCGCCGUAGUAUCAUGUGACGCCAUGUUGGAGCAUGCGUGGGGGGACUGGUGGUAUAGAUACGUAUUCUAUAUAUCAACUAUAGUUUAUGCUAAACCUCUCAAGAACCACCUACCGGUAGCAUUCUGCAUUACCUCACACCAAUAUGGUUGCAAAUUGUUUUUGUUGAUUCAGUAAAUAAAUCUCGUUAAUUUUUAAAUAUUUGUGCUCUAAAACCACAAAACAUUCAAAAAAGUAAUAUAAUAAUAUACUACAAAUUGUAUAUUGCAAUAAUUGUCAAUUAUUACUAUUAAAUAUAUAGUAAAUUAUCGACAAGAUGAAGAAAUCACCAUUCAGUACACCAAGAGGUUAUGGAGGGCAUCGAAAAUAUCCACAUCAAAUGAAUAGCCCAUAUGAAAAUAAAGGCUAUUUUUAUCAUCGAAACAAUUCAUUUGAUAAUUCUUCACCUAAAUUCAACUCAAAACAAGUAGAAAAUGGCGACUUCAUUCCAUUUAAUACAAGCUCACCAUCAUUUCACGACAAGCGACAUAGUGGCCAAUUCUUCAGGCCGAGGGGUAGACGCAAUAAUCAUUCUUUUGGAAGUCAAGGAUCACGCGGUGAUAGUAUGAGCCCAAAGAUUUAUUUUGAUUCAUCACCUAAUAAUUAUUAUGGUAGAAGUCCACGACAUCGUUUUUCGAAUACGCCUAUUGAUCAAAUUCCUAUAUCGAAAUUCAUUGAUCUAAAGGAUGUAUUGGAUGAUCCCUGGAAAAACUUGAUGGAAAAUCACAACAAAUCAAGAUUAACGAAUAAUUUAAAUGCAUCGAAGAUAUCAUGUGCAAGUGACCUCAACGAUGUAUCUAUGGUAUCUGUGGAUAAUAGUGCAUUAGAAGACUCUUCAAGAUGUUCUCAAGAAAUGAAAGAUGGCAGGACAAAUGCAAUAAAUGAUUUGAAUACUAGUGAAAUAGUAGAGACUAAUGAAAUGAGAUAGAACCUAAAUAAGUAAUAUUGAGAUGGACUAUUUGUAUUAUUAAUACGAAACAAUUGGUUUUCACAAGGCUGUGAAGAACUUGAAGUGUUUUUGCAUUGAUAGUAUGUGCAAUUGUCUCGGAGAAUAUCGAUAGAUUUAAGAUGUAUACAAAUAAGAUUAUAUUUUUUACUGUACAUAGGAAGAAAUAAAACUAUUAAGUGUAAAAAUUUUGUAAAUAAAUAAUUACUUUAAAUUAA